AGCCUACUGAUAAAUUGAUUCAAGUCAUACGCCGGAGAAAUACAGCGAUUGAUCGAAGAAAAGGAUGGAGAUCUUUCACGUUCCUUGUCUGCAAGACAACUACUCCUAUCUGAUAAUCGAUGAGAGCACCGGAGACGCGGCGGUUGUGGAUCCAGUUGAUCCCGAGAAGGUGAUCAUAUCGGCUCAGCAGCACGGUGCCAAUAUCAAGUUCGUACUCACCACGCAUCACCACUGGGAUCAUGCAGGUGGGAACGAGAAGAUGAAGGAGUUGGUGCCUGGAAUCAAAGUAUAUGGAGGUUCUCUGGAUAAGGUGAAGGGAUGCACUAAUGAAGUCGAUAAUGGUGACAAGUUGUCUUUGGGUCAUGGUGUUAAUAUAUUAGCUCUUCACACCCCUUGUCACACCAAGGGUCACAUUAGUUAUUAUGUGACCUGCAAAGAUGGUGAAAACCCAACCGUGUUCACCGGAGAUACACUGUUUGUUGCUGGAUGUGGAAAGUUUUUUGAAGGGACAGCUGAACAGAUGCAUCAGUCGUUGUGUGUGACUCUGGCUUCAUUGCCAAAACCGACACAGGUUUACUGCGGCCACGAGUACACGGUGAAGAACUUGGAAUUUGCUCUAACUGUGGAACCAAACAACGAGAAGAUACAGCAGAAGUUAUCAUGGGCCUGUCAACAACGCCAAGAAAAUCUUCCCACAAUCCCUUCAACGAUAGAGGAAGAGCUCGAAACAAACCCGUUCAUGCGCGUUGAUAAUCCAGAGAUACAGGAGAAACUCGGUUGCAAAUCGCCGAUUGAUACACUCAGGGAAAUUAGGAACAAGAAGGAUCAGUGGAGAGGCUGAUAAAUGGAGCUUCUUGCCAUAUGCUUUACUGCUUUUUGUAUGUUUGUGGCUGAACCUGUGAAAGGUGUUUGAACCGGUGAUGUUUAUAUUCUGUGUGAAACUGGUAACCAGUUUAGUAAACCGAAAUUAGACCGACCUGUAAGCCGUACACCCUUUUGAAUUAUACCACCAGUCGAUAAUUUAAGU